AUGGACUCAUGCGCACCAGUAGAUGACCAGCCCAAACAUUUGACUCUUACAAUCAGACUGAUCAAGUCUUUUGAAUAUCGUACAUUCAAAAACCUUGUCCUUCAGCAUAUUGAUCCAGAAAUGCUUGUCAAAGACCUGAAAAUCCUCGUUUUAGAAAAAAUCAAGUCAACUCCAGGAUUAAAACCAUACCAUAACACCGUAUUCGAUUGCCUGAAACUCUAUGUCAAGGCUCAUGGCUCCAAAACGCAGCAUCUUAUUAUCAAUUUGGACCAUGAUGAAGGCAAGGAUACGUUUAUCAUGGAUGAUAAUCUUACUCUCUCGGCUCAGAGCGUCGAGAAUGAAACGGAACUUAGUUUUUUUAACCACGAGUUGUAUACUUUAUACAAGGCUCAUCCCAAUAACAAAUGGUAA